AUGGGGAGCGUGUUCUCCGAGGAAGCUGAGGAGCACGUUGCCCCUGUGCCGGUGUGUCUGCAUGUCCACUGUGAUGACGAAUGCGUGGCGACGCCAAAAUCUGCUUUGACAAGCACUGUGGCGCCAGACUCGCCGGAAGUGAUGAUGACGGAGGAGAGCCUCGCCGCAGACGUGCGAGCUGUUGGCACGCUGCCGUUGGAGCAAGAUGCUCUUCAAGUCAUGUCCAUCGAUGAACGCAUCGACGAGGGCGUUGCCACGCCAACCUCCGGUCUUACAAACGUCGUGCCCGCAGACGGCUGGUGCGCAGCUCUGUUCAACGCUGUCGUGGACUACCUUCCUGCGUGGACAGCCUUUGAG